AUGUUGCUACUACAGACCUUGGUGUGUGCAGGGUGUUUGAUUCAGAUGGUCAGUGCUAUGCAUAUAGUUCACACGUUCAGAGAUUUACACAAGGAUACCACUUUACAAAACUUAAAAGCCAACAAAAAUUCUGGUGAUGUAUUUGUUGGUGCCACAAAUUCAUUGUAUCAUUUUGCUGCAGAUCUAAGAUCAUUUCAAAAGGUUGCCAUGGGACCAAGGGUUGACAACCCACACUGUCCACCCCCCAAUUUACCGUGUAACGACACAAAAAAAUCCACCAACAGUUUCUCAGAAGGAAUAGCCAUUGAUUACAAGGAUAGUACUCUAAUAUCAUGCAUCAGUCUGUUUCAUGGAAUAUGUCAAAUUCGUCAAUUACAAAACAUUUCUUUGAUUGUGAAGGAAUUACUUAAGCCAUCCGUCCCGAAUAACCCAGUGAAGUCUAGUCUUAUUUUCAUUGGUCCGGGUCUCGAGAAUCAGAAUGCCUUGUACAUCGGUGCAGCCUACAGUAACCUAGGAAACCAGAAAUAUCGUGCAAUGGUUCCUCACAUUAGUAGCAGAAAUCUGUCGACACUCGAGUUUUCCUAUCUUGAUUCAUCAGGUGGGACCAGGGUCAGUAUUCUACCUGAAGCCAGACUGGAUAUCCCUGUUGAAUUUCUGUACGGCUUUUCUUAUGGAGGCUUUGUAUACUUCAUAGCCCGCCAAUAUAAGUCCGUCAUUGAGUACAUGUUUGUUACCAAAAUAAUUCGAAUUUGUCAGCAGGAUAAAUAUUUUAGUUCCUAUACGGAAAUUGAACUUACUUGCCAGCCUCAUUAUGACUUCGCUAGAGGUGCGUACUUUGAUGAAUCAUCAGAGAAACUAUACAUAGUGUUUGAGAAUAAUGAGUUUGAUAUGGAUGGACCAUCAGCUGUAUGUGGAUACAACAUGGCAGAAACUGAACGUCUCUUUAACCUUACUGUAGAAGAAUGCUUCAAUGGCGAUGGAAACCUUGGACCAUCUCACAUCCGAGAAUCAGUUCCUUGUCCUCCGAAGGUAAGUGCUUGA